UGAUGGAGGAAUGGCGUAUGGGCCACACCUUUGCCAAUUACAGAAACUGAAAGCAUCUUGCACCUGAGGACCACGUUUAUGAAGAGUGCACGUUGAAGGAUGGACGAUGAUGAAUUUGGAGGGUUUGAGGCAGCAGAGAACUUUGAAGAUGGUGAAAUGGGAACACAGUCCGUCUCCCUAGCCAUUCCUUGGGCCGCAUUUUCUGCAGGGCCAGGGGUGGAGCUGGGCCAAAAAAAUCCUCCAAACGUCCUCGUCAACGAGACAACACAGUCAUUUGGAAAGAACACUUCAAAAUCUGUCCUCUUUGUAGAUACUGAACCUGGCUCCGAUUUGAGAGUUGAGUCAAUGGAAAAUGCCACUGUAGAACAAAUUUCAUCAUCAGAAAAGGUUCAGGAAACGUCUCCGUCAUUGUCUGAUAGUGUCAUAGCACCAGCAACUUUGCAAGAAAAUGAUCCUCGACACUCUGCAGAUCUUGCAGACAGCCCAUUACCCAUAGAAGCAAACAAAAUUGAAGUAAGAUCAAAAGAAACACUGGAAGAUGUGGAGGCGAAGCUUUCCGCUGCUGAGAAGGAGAAGUUUGAAAUGAAAAAGGCAUUAGCGGAGAUGCUUGAGAAGUAUUCAAAAUUAGAGGAAGAAUAUUUACAAGAGAAAAAAGCAGAGGAAAUUUCACACCAAGAUCACUACAAUCAACUUCAGGAAAAACAUAAACAGCAGUUAGAAGACCUUCGAAAAGCUGGCAACGAUGCUCUUAGCAUUAUCAUUGAAGAAUUUAAGGUAUUAACAAAGUCUGCUGUAAUGCAGCAGCAAGAAACAAGCAGAAUAUGUCUUCAAUCAGCCAUAGAGAAACAAAUGCAGAAAUGUGAAGAAUUGCUCAAUACUCAGCAUGAACAGUUAGUUGAAGUACUGGAAAAAGAAAAGUGUGCCCUACAAGACAAGAUAAAAGAAGCUUUGGAGGAACAAACAAAACGGCAUAAGGAGCUACUUGAAAAGUGUGUGGUUGAAGAAAGGUUACGAAGCACAGAGGCAAUGGAGAAAGUUGUACAGGCAGAAAAGGAAAUCAUUACAGAGGCUGUUUUGAAAGCUGUGCAAGUGGAGAGGGAAAAGAUGGAAAAGGUCCAGAUGGAGAAAAGAGAACUCUGGGAAAUUGAGCGUGGCAAGGACCAAGAAAAAUUUGAGCAGGCUAUCCAGGAGGCAUUGCAAGAGGAGAGGAACAAAAGCCAGGAAGCCAUAAGGGAAGCAGUAAGUCAAGAAAGAAAAAAAAGUAAGAAAGUUAUAGAGGAAACAUUACAAAAAACCAAAGAGGAUAUGGCAAAAUAUAUCAAGGAGCAAAAGAGGCUUGACCAAGUGGCUCAGCAACGUAACCUAACCAGCUUGGGACUGUUUCUAUCAUGUGCACAGAAGCAGUUAUCUGCACUUUUGGAAGAUAUGCCUUUAGCUGUGGAACAAGACACUGAGUAACUUCAAGAUGUUUAAACAGAUGAAGCAAGAAAAACAAAUAUUACAAUAAACCUGACACCAUCUAUUUGGUUUCUGUGUGUUCGGAAAUGCCAUUCGUGUUGUGCAUGCCAGUUUAAAAUGUGUGCACAAUACUUACUUGAAGUCACUAGCAGCCUUGAAGACCUUCAAAACAGAUUCUCUUAAGUUUGCACAAAAAUAUUAUCAACUUAAUUGGCACAAAACUAUAAAAUUAGCUUAAUAAAGGGAGUAACAUUAAGCUUAUAAACAUUAAUUUUACACAAAAGGGGCACCCUUGUUCAUAUAUCAUUAAGAUAUAAUUUUAUAAGCACUGUAAUAUGAGACUUACAUGUACCAAUUUUGUACAGGUACCAAAAUUGCUUUCAUCUAAUGCCAGAUGUAUAUUUCUUAAUCAUAUUCGACAUUUGCAACAUCUGAGGAGUUUUGGACGAUAGGGACUUAAAACCAGUUUUAAAAGAUCUUGUAUAUCCUCCAUUGAAUUUUUUAGUUUCUUUAAUUUUAUAUUGUCUGCUGCAAAAUAACACUAUAGUUUUUAUGGUUUCUUAUUUCAGUGUUCUUUGCAGGAAAGAAUUUGCCGGAUAGCUAUGUACAUCAAAAUAUUAAUUUGAAUUCAGAUUGUAUUUAUCACAACAAUACAUCAAACUUGCAUUUAUUUUGGAUUAAAUUUUUAAGUUGAGAGUUUGGAAUAAUGAGAGGCGAUCUAAUUGAAAUGCUUCAAUUUUAGAGAGCUUCUCAAAGUCAAUGUGCUAUUUCCCCUGGAAAAUCUAACAUUAUGGAUCUUAAUCUCAGUGUAAGUUAUUAGCCAUUUAAGUCUGAGAUGGGAGUUCUUCACUUAUACUUAUAAAUCCUCAGAAAGAAGACUGGCAAUUCUGUCAUAGGUGAGUACGGUAAACAUAGGUUAAUGUAAUUUGGACAUGAAGAAAUGGAAAAACAUUGUCAGGUUCAGAUGAAGAUGUAAACAAUUAGCUGUGAUCUUAUUAAGUAAUCAGAUUUGAGGGUCUGUUUGCACUAUGCUCUCUAAUGUACAUUUUUUUCUGAGUAUUUUGACCUUUAACUUGAGUAUUGAGCUGAAGAUGAAUUAUCAUGUCAAUAGGUAAAUGAAAGAAUUGUGCAAGUGCAUAUGCAGGCAGGUUGAUAAGCCAGAUAGUUAGCUGGUUGGGCAGCUUCAAUGGAUAGGGAAACAAUUUUAACAUCACAAGUCAAUUACCUUUCACCAAAUAGAAAUCUCUUCCUGCAUUUUGUACUUUUAUUUCAGAUUUCCAGCACCUGUAAUUUUGCGGUUUUAAAUUCACAAGUAUGCCUAAGUGACCAUGUACAGUAUAGCAAGGCACCUCAAACACAUAUGGACUAUUGGUCCCUGUGAGGGUUAAAGGAUCAUUUUCCUAGUUUUGGGUGUUUCUGCCAUAUUGUCAUUCACUAAUUUUGGCUAUGUUUGUGUAGAUUUUGGAAUAGCAUAAUAUUUAAACAUUUUAACCAAGGAUUUUUCUGGGCCAGGCCUAUUACUGUGCUUUCUGUCAUAAUUUCUGUGUUUGACAGAGGUAGAAAUCAAAUGUAAAUCAUAUUCAACAAAAUAUAAUCUAUUUUAGAAAUAUCACUUUCUGUAAUGAACAAGCUAAUUUUAUGUUGAUUAAAGAAGGAAAAUAAAUUCCUUAUUUGAGGUGAAUGUAUAAUGUUACUUAAUUUUUAAGCAAUUGAAUAAGAACUAAUUUUUAUGGUCUCAUUAGGAGUGACUCCUUCCUGUGGUUAAAGAAUGGGGUAAAUAUAUUAUUGUGAUCUGCCCUCAUAGAACAUAGAAAUCUACAGCACAUUACAGGCCCUUCAGCCCACAAUGUUGUGCCGACCAUGUAACCUACUCCAGAAACAGUCUAGAAUUUCCGUAGUACAUAGUCCUCUAAUUUUCUAAGCUCCAUGUACCUAGCUAAGAGGCUCUUACAAGACCCUGUUGUAUCCGCUUCCACCACUGCCACCAGCAGUGCAUUCCACGCACCCACCACUCUCUGUGUGACAUAGUCAUAGUCAUACUUUAUUGAUCCCAGGGGGAAAUUGACAAACUUACCCCUGGCAUCCCCUCGAUACCUAUUUCCAAGCACCUUAAAACUAUGCCCCCUCAUGUUUUAUGGCCCCUCACAUUAGCCAUUUCAGCCCUGGAAAAAAGCCUCUGGCUAGCUACACGAUCAAUGCCUCUGAUCAUCUUGUACACCUAUAUAUCAUGGUAGUUUAUAUUUCCCAUGAACAUUUGAAAAGCAGACCAUACAAAACGGCCUGAAACGUCGACUGCGCCUCUUCCUAUAGAUGCUGCUUGGCCUGCUGCGUUCACCAGCAACUUUGAUGUAUGUUCCAUACAAAAUUACUUUUUUUGUUUGAUUAUACAGUGUAUUCUGUUUAAUCGGGACAGGUGCUUAUUUGAGACAGCACUUAAAGAACA